AUGGGAAUCGUCAGUGCAGCCCCCAAAACCACCAUUUGGAAAAAAAUUGCAAGUAAAGGAGGGAAAGCUGUGGCUGUCUUCUGUGAUCACAGUAACGAUAAGGAAGUUGUGGAGCUGUUCGAAAGAAUAGCAAAAGAUGAGAACAAUCGACUGGAUGUGCUUGUCAAUAAUGCUUAUUCGGGCAGUGCGGCUGUUGGAAGAAAUGAAGGGAAGAAAUUCUACGAAUGUGAUCUAUCGUUUUGGGAUGAAAUAAACAACGUUGGCUUACGAAAUGUGUACAUUUGCUCGGUGUUAGCUGCACGUUUGAUGGUUCCUCGUCAAAAGGGAUUGAUUGUCAAUAUAAGCUCAGCAGCCGGUAUACGCUAUUUCUUCAACGUUCCUUAUGGAGUGGGAAAAGCAGCUGUCGAUCGAUUAUCAGCGGAUAUGGCUGAAGAACUAAAAAACCACAGAGUAACCGUGGUGUCAUUAUGGCCAGGUACAGUAAAAACCGAGCAGACGUACGAGUGGUUGCGAUCUGGAAAGCUUAGCAAGCUUACGAAGCUACCUCAAGCACAGCUUGAACGAAUGGUAGCGAAUGGUGAAAGUCCGGAAUUUGUUGGGCGAGCAAUUAUGUGUCUGGCCUACGAUAAUGGCGUGUUCAGAAAAACAGGACAUAUUUUACUGACGGCUGACCUCUGCGAUGAAUACAUGUUUAUCGAUGAUGACGUGGGAAAAGCAGCUGUCGAUCGGUUGUCGGCUGAUAUGGCUGAAGAACUAAAAAACCACAGAGUAACCGUGGUAUCAUUGUGGCCAGGUACAGUAAAAACCGAGCAGACGUACGAGUGGUUGCGAUCUGGAAAGCUUAGCAAGCUUACGAAGCUACCUCAAGCACAGCUUGAACGAAUGGUAGCGAAUGGUGAAAGUCCGGAAUUUGUCGGGCGAGCAAUUAUGUGUCUGGCUUACGAUAAUGGCGUGUUCAGAAAAACAGGACAUAUUUUGCUGACGGCUGACCUCUGCGAUGAAUACAUGUUUAUCGAUGAUGACGGUGGGUCCCCAGAUUAUCGAUUUUUUUUUUUUUUUGAAUUUAGGAUAUUAGCGAUAGAGCUUAGGAAGUGA